CUCUUUUAAAUAUCAUAAUAACAUUGAACUCAAUUAAAAAUUGACAUAUACCUAUGACAUCAUCAUCAGACUGUCAAAAUAAAUAUAUAUAUAAAUAAUAAAAUAUUAGUUUUAAUUAAUUUAAAUAAAGUGUAUUGUUUAUGACAUGAUGAUAUUAUCGAGAUGGAUUUUUUCAAAUUAAUUGAACGUUUUGUUAAAUAAAUAAAUAUUGAAAAAGUGUGGAGGUUAUAUUGUUGUCUCGAAUAAUCACGAGAUAUAAAGAUGAAAUUUGCCGAGCAUUUGUCUGCUCAUAUAACACCAGAAUGGCGAAAGCAGUAUAUAAGCUACGAGGAAAUGAAAGCAAUGCUAUAUGCUGCUGUUGAAGAAGCACCAUCAGCUGAAAGUGUUGAAUCAGAAGUAAUAUCAAGACAUUUUGCUUCAUUUGAUGAAAUAUUUUUUACAUUUUGUGAUCGUGAAUUGAAAAAAAUAAAUACAUUUUAUUCAGAAAAAUUAGCAGAAGCAACACGUAAAUAUGCAGCAUUACAAAAUGAAUUAAAAACAGCAUUAGAUGAACAAACUCGUGGUGGUGGUGGUGGUGGUGAUGGUGGUAAAAAUAAUAAUAAUAAUAAUAGUAAUAAAACAACGAUAAAACCACAAUUUUCAACGAGAAAAUUACGUGAAUUAAAAUUGGGUUUUUCCGAGUAUUAUUUAUCAUUAAUAUUAUUACAAAAUUAUCAAAAUUUAAAUUACACUGGUUUUCGUAAAAUAUUAAAAAAACAUGAUAAAUUAUUGGCUGUUGAUAGUGGCUCAAAAUGGCGUAUUGAAUGUGUUGAAACAUCACAUUUUUGUACAUCAAAAGAUAUUGAUAGAUUAAUACAAGAAACUGAGGCAUCAGUUACAUCAGGUCUUGAGGGUGGUGAUAGACAACGUGCUAUGAAACGUUUACGUGUACCACCACUUGGUGAACAUCAAAGUCCAUGGACAACAUUUAAAGUUGGUUUAUUUUCUGGUAGUUUUAUUAUAUUAUUUGUUGCUGUUGUAUUAUCAGCAAUAUUUCAUAAUUCAACAAAUUCUAAUAAUAAUAAUAAUGAUGGCAAUAAUAAUUUAAUAAUUGCAUUUCGUCUUUAUCGUGGACCAUUAUUAAUUGUACAAUUUUUAUUUUUAAUGGGUAUUAAUGUUUAUGGUUGGCGUUCAUCUGGUGUUAAUCAUGUAUUAAUAUUUGAAUUAGAUCCACGUAAUCAUUUAUCUGAACAACAUUUAAUGGAACUUGCUGCAGUAUUGGGUGUUGUAUGGACAUUGAGUUUAUUAAGUUUUUUAUAUUCAUCAUCAUUAAGUAUACCACCAUUUGUAAAUCCACUAGUACUUGUAUGUAUAAUGCUUGGUUUUUUAUUAAAUCCAUUAAAAAUAUUUCGUCAUGAAGCUAGAUUUUGGCUAUUACGUAUAUCAUGGAGAAUGAUUAUAGCACCAUUUGCAUAUGUUAAUUUUGCUGAUUUUUGGCUUGCUGAUCAAUUAAAUUCACUUGUAACACCAUUAUUAGAUUUUCAUUAUUUAAUAUGUUUUUAUACAACAACAAUAAUGGACAACAACAAUAACAACAACAACAAUUGGUCAACAAUAAAUAAUACAAAACAAUGUAUGGAAGAUUCAAUAUAUAUACGUCCAAUUGUUAAUUGUUUACCAGCAUGGUUUCGUUUUGCUCAAUGUAUUAGACGUUAUCGUGAUUCAAAAGAAGCAUUUCCACAUCUUGUUAAUGCUGGUAAAUAUUCAACAACAUUUAUUGUUGUUGCAACAACAACAUUACGUCAAAUACAUAAAAAUGAUUAUCAAAAUCAUUGGGAAAGUCCAUGGUUAUGGCUUUGGAUUGGUUCAUGUUGUUUAAAUUCAAUAUACUCAUAUACAUGGGAUAUUAAAAUGGAUUGGGGUUUAUUAGACAGUAAUGCAAGUGAAAAUAAAUUUUUACGUGAUGAAGUUGUUUAUUCAUCAGCUGGUUUUUAUUAUUUUGCAAUUAUUGAAGAUUUUAUAUUGAGAUUUAUAUGGAUAAUAAGUUAUAUAUGUGUUGAAAAUGGUGUACCACAAGAAAUAAUGACAUCAAUUGUUGCUCUACUUGAAGUAUUUAGACGUUUUGUUUGGAAUUUUUUUCGUUUGGAAAAUGAACAUUUAAAUAAUUGUGGUAAAUUUCGUGCUGUUCGUGAUAUAUCAAUAGCACCAAUUGAAAGUUCUGAUCAAACACAAAUUCUUCGUAUGAUGGAUGAUGAAAAUGGUGUUGUCAACAGAGGUAAACGUAAAGGUGCUGGAAAUAAACAAAAAAAUAUUAAAGAAGAUAAACGUGCACUUAUUAAUAAAGAAGAAACUAUUGAUAUUGAUGUAUCCAAUGUCAGUUGAUGAAAAUGUU